AUGCCUAGCGAUUUGUUGUCAGAAUCUGUGAACAAUAUUCUUGAUGUAGUUGAAACCAGCCUCUGCCUGCCAAUUCUCAUUUUGAUUGUUUUGUGCACUUUACAAUUCAUUAUUUAUGACGUCGUUGAUAUUGGUUGUUCGGCUUAUCGGGCUUUUCAAAAUUUCUAUUCGAACGAAGAAGAUUCCUCCUGCGUUAUGAAUCAGUUAACAGGUAAUUAUUAGCAGUGUUAAUGUUCAGUGGUCAUAGUAAUUUUUCUACUCGAAGAGUAUUUAACGUGGCAUGUUAACCAAAAAUGAAGGCCAAUUUUCACAGAGAAGAAAUACAUUGCAAAAGUAUGAAGAUUAUUAAAGAUUUAUUACAAGAAUAUGACUGUGAUUAUUAAAAUAGAUUGAAAUGAUAUUUCUAAA